AUGCAAGAGAUCCUCGACGAUGCUGCACAUUUCGUCUCAUUGGCACAUGACCCGACGGCUAAAGCGGAACGCUCUUUGGUGGACCACCUCCGUCAGUUAAAGAAGAAGGGCCACCUAGAUGAUGUUACCUACCGCCGCCUCUUCUCAUCGGACGGUGCUACUCCCAGAAUUUACGGCCUCCCCAAGAUACACAAGGUGCCCUUUGAGACCGAUUGUCUCGUUCAUCGGGUCGCCGACGUACAACAUGUCCAAUCGAAGGAGUUUGUCGAGCUGGUCCGGACGCAGGCCCCCAGCAACAACGAUGUCAUGGUGUCAUUUGAUGUGGUGUCACUGUUCACCAACGUUCCGAAGGAUCUCGCGGUACAAGUGGCGGAGGACCGACUACGGAAGGACAGCACCCUGCCAUCACGGACGUCACUCACAGUUGAAGAGGAUGCCCUAUGGGGAAGCCCGGUAUCAGUGACGCUAGCUAACUUGGUCAUGGAACACAUUGAAGAGACGGCCAUGGGACGGUUCUCCCGCCCAGUUAAGUUCUACCGGCGCUACGUAGAUGACACGUUCGUCAUCCUAGACAGGAACCAUGUCGAGGAAUUCCACUCGGUUCUCAACUCCAUCGAAUCAUCGAUCAAUUUCACGUAUGAAGUCGAGCAGGGCGGCAAGCUUCCUUUCUUGGAUAUAUGUGUAUGCAGGGACAGUACGGGUAGCAUCCAUACCGAGCUACGGGCAUGUGAAGAUGCGACGAUCUCCGCUUCCCUGGACAAGAGAGGCUACCCACACAGGUUUAUUGAGGACACCCGGAAACGUAUGCAGCUACGCAAACCGCAAGAUGAGGACCACUCCCGCCUGACCUGGGUCACAAUUCCAUACGUCAAAGGCGUUUCAGAAUCUAUCCGCCGGGCACUACUUCCACUGGAAAUCUGGACGACCUUCCGACCGCACGUUAAACUGCGCAGCCUCAUCUCCAAGCCGAAGGACAGUGUCGCCCCAGAAGACCACUCUGGCGUGGUUUACAAGCUACAAUGCCUAGACU